AUGGAACGGCAGGACCCUAAUACUCCCUGCACCCCGCCUGCCGUCAUUCGUGAAACUGAUUCCCGAUCGACUCGUCCAUCACUAUCGUCAUCGCCCUCGGCCUUUACGCUUACACAAGCUCACCAGCGCCGCUCGACGACACCCAUCUCCUCUCGCCCACCGACGCCGGCGAGCAACACAUCUACGCCUGCAGCACCAGGUCGAAGCCCGCUCUGGACAUCAGAGCCCACUCUUCGAUUCCCUCGCCCACAAGGCAGCCGGCACCUCGCCAACUGGAUCUCGUCCAGCAACCCCGACAUCAUGCGUGUCACAACCACAUCCGAGGACAUCGGCUUGUCCGAGUCCACAUAUGAACUAAUCUCGGGCACCGACACCGAGUCCCAAGACGGCAACUAUACCGGCUCUAUCAGCGAGUCCGUCGGCUCCCUCGACUUCCACCGUCCCGACGACGUACACAGCUUCGCCGGCACCGAGCAGACCAACGAUGACGAAUCACUUGCCGAUGAAUAUGAGCCUCUUUCUCAGCCCUCCCAACAGGGCUCCGAGGAAGGUCCCGACACCACCACCGCCGCGCAGACCUCGCCACAAGAACAGAGCUGGGCAACUGUUGUCAAGAACGGGGCGCAUCCCGAAGUUGAACAGGAGCCUGAGCCCCAACACCAACCCGAACCCGAGGUCAACGCCGAAUCCGAGUCCGAAUCAGAGGACGAGGCCCUCUCAAGAACAUCUCUUGACUAUACCCAGCAGAGCCUCAAGGCUCCGUCGAUUCCCACACCCGACGCUAGCAACAUCAUGGAACCACCUUCUCCAGAUGAUAUCGAGGAGGAUGCAGACACUAAGCGGGCAAGAUUCCACACAUGGCUCAGCGGCGUACAGGCCACAGAGGCCCGCCCUUGGCAGUCAAACAUCCAGCCCAACAAUUGGCGCUUCCCGGGCCCAAAACCCGAUGUGACCGUCACCAGGCACAGGGGCAACUUCCUUAUCCAUGUGGCCCAGGAUGUCAAGGAUUCUUGGCUCUCCAGAAAGUGCCUUCUUUUUACUGCCCAGCGUGGUGAAGAAAAUGUCCGGUUUUCUGUCUCGUCUGUCGACGAAGGCCUGCUUCUCAAGUUCCCGAACGAAGAGGCGCACGGCACAGUCAAGGUCGACAUCCGUACUACUUGCUGGCCAAGAAUUGGCAAGACCCUUCGGAUCACCUUUGAGAAGGGCAUUAUUUCAGAAGCUCUGGAACUAUCCAAAGCCUUUGCUCAGAACCUCCCUGAGCUCGUCCCCGCUGCUGCUCAAGAGGCAGAGCGGCGCCUUGAGGGAGCCAAGCGCUCGCUGGAGACAGCAACUGACAACUUCAUCAUGACAUCCGACAGUCUGCUCAAGACUUUCACUGCCAGGUUCCAUGAAACACACCGAUCUCUUGGUUGGAUCAAGAAGGACAUUCGAGACCGCGUUAGACUCGCUAAGGAGGACGUCUCAAAGAGGCUCGAGGAUGUGGCAGACCAGGUCAAGCAGCAUCUUCCCAACACUGACGUUGUACAACAGCAGGCUCGACUGGGCCUACUUGAUGCUCAGAUCUCGGCCAAGCUUUGGUGGCUGAAGCUGACAGCCGGCAACGACGAGCAUACUCGAUACCAGCUCAAGGCCAAGGAGUUCAUGGCCAGAAAGCUGGCCGAAAUCAAGAACCGCCGAAAGCUCGCGCACGAAACGACGAAGCAAAAGGCCUACGAGCCUCUUUGGGCCAAGAUGCUUGGUGGCACUCGAUGA